GUGGCUUGGUGUUUUGGUCUUUUGGUGUUUUGGUGGCAUGUUUGGUGGUUUCAUCCAACGUUGGUUUCAUCAUACGGUCAGCUGGUUCGACUCCACUGAGGUCAACUACUGGGAGCGCGUGGUCAUGGCAGCAAGUGACGACGCUUUCGACCAGUUUGACGAUGACCUCACGGAAGGAGCUGAGGUGCAAGUUGGGGACCGGCGCAAAAGACUGUUUUCGAAAGAAUUGAGGUGCAUGAUGUAUGGGUUCGGAGACGACCAGAAUCCGUACACCGAGUCUGUGGACCUUUUGGAAGACCUUGUCAUCGAGUUCAUUAUUGAAAUGACACACAAGGCAAUGGAGAUUGGGCGCACAGGCCGUGUUCAAGUGGAGGAUAUAGUGUUUCUAGUGCGUAAGGACCCUAGAAAGUACGCACGUGUUAAGGACCUCCUAACUAUGAAUGAAGAACUGAAGAAGGCUAGAAAAGCAUUCGACGAAGUGAAGUACGCAUCAGUGUAGUCAUUGUAGCGACUGAUGUGUGUAUUAAAAUGAAACAAAGAAAAAAA